AUGACCUCUAUAAACCAUGACUAUAACUUGUGCCCUGUCACCCUUCUCUUCCCCUCUUCCACCUCUUGCCACUGCCCUGACCAUGUGCCGCUCAGGGAGCUUGGCAAGAAAUUUGAUGAAAAUAAAAUGUGCGAAAUUACCUUAAAUAACAACCCUACUAACAUCCUUAAUAACCUUUGUACUGGCCUCAAAACCUUCCUCGGCUUCAACCCUGACUCCAAAGGCUACGACGGCAAGGGUAUUGUGUACUCCGACCUGGACAGGCUGUGUGACGGGGUGAUGGGAUUUUUGUAUCAGGUGCUUAAGGAUGUCAGCGAGAAACAGCCUUACGAAACAGGUAAGGAAUACUUAAAUACAUUAGUUAGUAGCACUUUAAAAUCAAAUUUGAACUCAGGUCACGAUGGUUUUUGCAAGGCGUUUCCCAUGGUGACUGUCAACGUCAACCGGUACAACCAGGCAGUUAAGUCGUCGAAUGAGAACAUAAAGAAAAAGAUGGAAAAGCUUCAGACUGAGAUGAAAUUGUUCACUAAAGGCGCAUUAAAAGGCAUUUUGCCGAAGGCAGAUGAAAAUGAUUUUCAUAAGGUUGUGCAGGCUGUGGAUGCUGUCAACAGGGAGUUGGACAGCUGCAAAAAUUACGCCAAAGUUUUCACUGACGCUUUAAACAUAGACGACAAGAGUGUAACUGACGCAGUCGAUGAACUCCAUUCUCCUUUAUCGGUAAGAGUCAAGGAUGCGUUGCGGACCGUCAAGCAGGAAAGUGAGCGACUGGGCAAGUUGUCGGAGAGACAGCAGAGUGAGCUAAGGGAGACGGAUGAAAAAAUAAAAAAGACUUUGGGUGAUCUAAGAGUAAGCGUUGAUUGCAAAAUAGGCGACGAUGUGAAAGAGUUUGUCCGCAAUUUGAGAAUGAAAGUUCAGCCCAUUAAGAAGCAUUUAGAUGACAUUACGACUGAGCUUUCUCAAUACGUUAUCGAGUUGCAGACGUGGAUAAAUGAGACAAAAAAGUAUAUUAACGAAAUCAGAGAUACGGACGUUAAGAGAAUCGUUAACGAGACCACGGACAGUCUUACUGGCAAAACAAAUUUGAUUGCCGACAAGGCGACGGAGUUGUUGAAGUGGAGGGAAAGGCUGAACACUCAGAUUGCAGUGGUUAAAAGUGCGGUCAAAGAAAAAGUCGUGGAAGUUCAGGGCGCAAUUGCGUCGCUCGGAAGGCAGUUUACUGACGGUGGCGCCGAUGUGCCGAAUACUAUUGAAAAGAUAAUGACGCAUCUCGAAGAUAAGAUGGGUACAAUCGAGGGGUACGUUGGUGAAUCCAAAUUGGGUGCUAUCCGCGGUAGCGAUAUAAGUAUACAGCAAAAUUGGGAUGCACUGAAGGACAAAAUAACGAGGCUCGUUGGGGAUAUAUAUGAAGAAUCAUCCACAGGAAAAAUGAAUUAUCUUGGCAAAGUAGAUAAGGGACUGAAGGCGUACGCGGCAUUGUUUAAUGACGCGAAAGGAGCAAAUGUGUUAGAAAAAACGGUUGGUGGAUGGGUGGCUGAGAUAGUCAAAAGUGAAGCAGUGAAGGGGUUACUUAAAGAGUAUGUGAGACAGAACGAAGAAUACCGUUAUUUCACAGGUAGUCUGAGUGUAAGAGGCACUGAUGCUAUGCGUGACUGUGUCAUUCCAAUUCUUAAGGAGCAAAUAACGGAGCACCUCAAAGACAUACAGCCCGAAACAAGCUACUACUCCAUUCCAUCUACUGUGGAAGACAAGUUAUCAUAUGUUAAAAAAUAUCUCACUAGGCUCUCCGAAGAAGUAAUGGGUAAGCAAGGCGACGUAGUUUCGCAGGUCUCCGAAUCUGUGAAACUCCAGAGGGAAUUAGUACCUUAUAAUGGUGGUGGUACUUAUAAGCCAUACUUUCUCACCUUCGCUGUACAUGCCGCUCUGUCUGCUCUGAAACACACGGCAGAAAGACUUGCUGAGCAGCUCGAAUCAUUCGCCACCAAAGAUACAAACCUCGGCACAAAUUUGCCAGCAGCUAUUAAGCAGGUCGAACUUAUUGGCCAACAAUUCGACGGCAAGACGCAGAAGACAUUUGGCGCAUCAAUCACAAAGGCGCUUGAAGAUGUGCGUAGAGAAAUUAAGAAACUAAACGGUCAGUUUGAACAGGCGCUACAAAAUGGCACAACUGACAGCACGACAAUCGCCGCUUACGUUGACAAAUAUGUCGAGGCCAUCGAUACAUACGCGAAUUCUAUCGACCUCGGCUACAUUGAAACCGGUCUGAGCAACCUGUCUUCCGGUAUUCAAUCCAAUCUCAAAGCACUAAGCGACGCAGUCAAAGAAACAACUAACAUUGUUAACGCCAAGCUGGAAAAUUUCAUAGACCUGAGAAUCGGCAAACCCGUAAUACGCGGCGAAGCUAACGCAGAUACCCUCCAAGCGAUUUAUGACAAGCUCGACAAACUGCAAAACGGUCCGGUGUCGGAAGCCGUGAAACUCACCAACGCCUUGCUCGAUCAAUACUUAGCCGCUGCCGAAAAGCACUACACUAAGCAACUCACAGAAUACGUUGACUUUCAAGUCAAGGAUGCAACUAAGCAACUGACGACCUACGUCCACAAGCAGUACAUUGACACCGUCAAGCUGCAACUCGAGCAGUUCUCCGACAGGGUAACCGCGCAACUCAACGGUCUGCCCGGUGACAUUUCACGUGACUUGACCGUCGGUUUCAAGGGUUUCAUGACGGCAUUUGAGAAAAAUUUCAUCACGGACAGUAGAUCAAUCUCGGGCAUCAGACACGUUAAUCCGAAGCUAACACCUCGAAUAGAGUCUCCACUGAGCAAGGCAGCCGACAUGGUGAACUACUCGUUCGGCUCUUUCUUCGUUCACCUGGAAAAUCAAGAAGACUUCAAGCGCGAUUUUUCCAAGCUUCAGGCAUUCAAAAAGUCGCUGACCAAAUUGCUUUCCGGUCUACUCAAAUCACUGCACUUCGACCACACAUUCAGCACCAAUCUAGACGCCCUCAAUAAUGCCGUCACUUCCUUCAAGCCCGCUACCUACGGCGAUGCCAAGUGCCCCUCACUCCUCAAUGCUCUUAAAGCAGGCUUCACCCCUCUCGUCGAGGAGCUCAAAAAGGCAUACGUUUCAACGUACUCUUUGAGGACCAUCGAAUGGGAGAAACUCACCGAGGCGGAAAAUAGAAACUACGCCAAAAUCUGUUGGACCAUCACGCCCAUCUUAUACGACGCUCUAACUGAACUCAAGAAUAGACUCGAAUAUGAGAACUGGAAUGAUUACCAAAUCUAUCACCGAACUGACAUCACCUCCAGCCUCCACGCUCUCUUCUUCCGGGACAACGGGUAUGACGUCCAUCGUCCUGAGAACGCCGAGCAUGGCGAACUGAAUCACAGACAAGACUUUAAUGGUAGCAGCAUUCUCAAACACCUAACCAAUGAAACGCAUAAUUUGUUCAGUCAACGGUCAUCUCCCGUCACCGGCAUUGCUCCAUCGGCAUCCGGGUCAGAUGCGCUUGAUGUAACCAUCGCUGAGGAAAGCGGUCUCGUCCAAAAACUCUAUGAUUUCCUGCAGACGUACUUCCGUGUAUGCCACCUUACUCGUAUUGAGAAACCCCGGGCUCCUUGCUCCGUUUACGAAAUUCUCGUCUGGUGCUGCGGCCUGCAGUUCAACCCCGUGUACGAGAAGCUCAAGGCGCACAUUGAAUCUGAGUUCAUGAAGGAGGACAAGCAAAGGCCUGGUACUAAAACGCUGCAGCCUUUUGAAGCGCACCCAUCUCCCUUCCAACACACGCAUAUCGACGAAGCGCUCUACAAGGUCUCAUCUGACUCCCACGCCGUCCUCACCGCUAUCCUAGGCCACGGUCACAAGGACGGAAUUUACGCCUGUGAGUUCUCCAACAACUCGAUGAAGUUAGACUACCCUAGCAAUUUGAUUCAACUGCUGUGUACGUUGUUCGACCUGCUCAAGCGCCUCUACCACCAGCUGUACUUCCUGCUGCAGCAGUGUCGGCACAAUGCUCAGCUAAGCGGCUGGAGGGAGUGCCACUACGGCAGGUACAUUGGUGGCUCAGGCUGGCAGUGCAACACAAAGCAAUGCCCUAAGCAAGACUGCGACCAAAGGCACGACCAAAGUGGCAGCCAAACGAGUGGGCAAUAUCCCAACUGCGGCGUCAAGUCGCCACUGCAAUCGUUCUUGGAGGACGGUUUGAAAGGCCACCUGCCGCAUUCGGUAGCAGCUAGGGGAUCCAGUCUGUCAUGUGGCACGUGUGGCAAUACAGCUGGUAUGCCGUGCAGAACUCCGAUGGGUUUCGCUGACAUCGGUGCCAUCGCGUCACAUACGAUGAUUGGCCGGAAUAUAUGCGAGGUGCUUUACUAUUUCUGUGGCCGUCAUAACUCCCCUCUCACUAGACUGUGCGGUUACCUCAACUGCCUGCUACCCAGUGCGCCGAAAACGCUGGCGGACAUGUUCAGCUUCUACCAUCAUCUCACCGAUCGCUGGGGUAUGCAUGGCAAUGAGCAUAAGAAAGAAGCAUUUGAAGAGAAAGUUAACGCUGCCAAUUUCGGGCGCAGUUAUGGUGAGUUCAAAGUCUACCACUUAUUUACCCCUAGUCACUCAGCAUUGAAGAAGGGCCACUCCGAUGGUAGCCUGGGCAGUCUCGUAUGCUUAUCAAGGGACUCCGUCGUAUGCGGUCCUUAUCUGCGUCCCAUCAGUCACGCCAUCUACGAGACGUUCUCGUCAGAACACGCCGAUAAGUACUUGUCGUGGAUAGUUUAUCUGACGGCAUCGUUCUACGAUCUGCUGAAGAAAUUGUAUGACGAGUGCAAUUCCAAAUGCGGUUCCAGGGGAUCGAAUUGCCACGUAAAAGCGUGCAUCAAAGAAUGUAGAACUACAUCCACCACGUAUCAACCGCCACGAUAUCACGAUCGCAACUGCAAAUCCAUUGUAAGCUGCAAUAACACGCUGCCUACAUUGGCUAAGUACGGCUUCGUUUUCGGCGAUCCAGAGAGGCUGAACGGAAGUGCAGGCAUUGAGAAGAAACGCACGUGCAGAGAUUUCUGUACAGUAUUUGCGGAGGCAUUUGAGAAGGACUCACAUCUUGUGAAGUUCUUCAAAGCCAUUGAUAAGUUCAUGUUUACCAUCCGCGCACCUUUCUUGUGGAUGAACGUGGCGCUCUGGUCGCUGUCCCUCUUCUACCUCAUCUGCGUCAUGGUUGGCAGACUGGAUGUGCUCCACAUCAAAUCACACUUACGAUCACCGUCGUCGCACAAGAUAACGGCGCAAUCAUUGUUGGCGGCAUCGCAAGUCGGAAGGCUUGCCAAGAUAUCGUACCUGCAGCCGUAA